AUGUGCCACCAGCCACAAUGGCAGGCCACCUUCGGAGAAACAUAUAAAUUAGACCAAGUAGCAGGACGGAAGCCCAUAAUUACCACUUUCUCUUCCGUUCUAACUUCCCUCAACAUCAUCUCGGUUGAAUCUGCGAUUACCGAAAUUCUAACACUACCUAUGAUGAACUUGCCAAUCAUGAAAGACCUUAUUCGACAGAAGACAAAAGAUAUUAACCGCCGAGAUGCGUUGGGAGACUGGCAAGAACUCUUUCUCUCUCUUCCUAGAGUCCCUGUAGGGUUCUUCCGCGAAAUGACAGAAUUUGCAGCUCCUCCCUCGACCCCAGUAAGCGCGGUUUUUUCGGUUUCCAAUACAUAUACACCCUCUGGCAGGGUUUCGGAUUCAGAUGCCGAUCCAAAUAAAAAACACAAUGUCGAAGACUCAAGACCACAAGUCCUCUGCCUCUCUCAACCUCCCCUUUUAGACCGCGUAUGUGACAAGCUUUAUGAGACGGUAGACUCGGAGGAGGAGUGCUUUGCCGAUGAUGAAAGAGUCGAGGGAAAUUCAGGGGAGUUGUCGGAUGACGGCUCAGAUUCGGAUGGGUUUUCUGAGGGAGAAGCCGCGUAUCAUGAUCACGACCGGAAAAGCCGCUCGGAGAGCCUGCAGGAGGUCGUCCUGUCAACAGUCGAGCCUCCAGCGCAUCAGAAAUGUGGCACGGAAGAUACGGAGGGGGAAAGUGGCCCCAUCUGGGCAAACGAGUCUACUUUAGACGAGGAGUCCGAGUUAGAGGAAGGGGAGAUCAGUGAUAGGACAACCGCCAGACGCACAACAUUUACAGAUGACAGCGUUGAAGAGCUGCCGAAUCCUAUCAGCAACGCCUACGACGACGAUUCCGACCCGCCCUUCUUCAUCAACCCUUGGAACCACGACGCUACUCCUUAUCUUGGAGAGCAUCCUACUACCCGCACGGCUCCAGAAUACCAUGCUGUUCUUGAUGAAGCAAGAUAUUACUUUAUUGAACGCACUCGGGAGGCCCACCGGUCGGUACUUACCUCGGAAUCCAUCGGGCCCCUAACUCCCAUUCCUUCCCCUUCCUCUUCACAGGGAGAAGAGAAAAUUCAACUCCCUCCUUUACUCAAUCUGCCUCCUUAUCCCCGUCGAGUCGAGCGACUCCCAAGUUUCAACACCCUCGUCAUUGCCUCAGGUGUUGCGUUAACGGGUUAUACUGUCGAGGGGAAGGCGAAGAACGACGUUCAAACUAAGAAGCAUGCUUUUGAGGCGACAGCUACUGCUGAAAAGACCGUUCGACGUGGUGCUAUCCCGGAAACGUUCCAUCCACCGUUCUCCAGCGUUCGCCAGUGA